AUGUCCUAUGCAGUUGGGAUGAAACGGUGGGCAUCACCAUUCACUGGUGGCCCCCAAGUGAUCGGGGUGCUUCCCGGACAUACUCCCAGACCGGUUGCCUGGGGCAAUGGGAGAGCCGGUAAUCGUGGCAGCUGGCAGCCUGGCUUGAGACUGGAAGCCCGGGACUUGGACGGCCCUACCCCCCGCGAUAUCCAACACCAAUCCUCCUCCAAAGGGGCACCCACAGUGCACAAAGCGACAAUGGAGGCACCCAGGUCAACUUACUUGCCGAACGACGCCCCUUGGCGGAAGUACAAUCUCGGAGUCCUCAGGCAACAAUGUACGGCACGCAACCUGCCAUUCGAAGGAAAAACAAAGAGGCAGCUUCAAGAGCGUCUAUUGAGAUACCACCUCGCCAGACUCCCGGAAAAGCCAAGGCCAGAGCCCUGGAUGUUCAGGCCCUUUGAGCCCAGCUACUCGAGGCUUUUGAAUCGAGCUCAAGUUAAGAAUCUCCGGCUUGUAGAGGUCAGAGAUGUUACCGGUCAGGUUGAGGAUGGUCGCGUCAGGGGAAAGGCAUUCCUGAUCGCGCAAGAAGGAGCCCCUGAGCUUUUUACCGUUACUUUCGACAACCGCCCUACUUGCACCUGCAUCGAGUACUUGCCCCUCUGCGUUCAUAUCAUGUACCUUCUACGGUACGUUCUCAACGUCCCAGAGCCGCUCCGUUGGCAAAGAGCGUUUCUAGACUCCGAGAUCUUGGACAUCUUUGAAGGCAGUCACCCCGUCAAGGCUCUGGAUUCGCCCGAGCGGUACACCGGUUUCCCUGGACUGUGCCUAAUCUGCUUCAAAGGCCAAGCAAAUCACCUGUCUUGCCUUACAUGCGAUAUAGGGCUGCACAUACCCUGCCUUUUCGUUCUCACCAGCAAUAGACAGACACCUGGAACACAUAUAUGCACGGUCUGCCUGGACCGUCAUGAAUGGCAAAACUUUCACUCGCGCCAGGAGCGUGUUGAAAGAAGAGUGAUUGAGCCAGGACGUGCUGUUGCUGGCGUAGACUUGAACCCCGAUGUUUCAAGCUCUUCGAGUGACGCAUCUGAGGAGGACGAUGAAAGCUCCAGCGAAGAAGACUCCUCGGAUGAGGAUCCUGACGAGGGAGCGUCCCGCAGAAGCGAGCAGCCCAACAAUGCACCUCGCCAGCCCAUCAAUCAGCGCCGCUCUCCCUCACCCCCCAUUUUGAUCAAACAAGAGAGAUCCUCUUCUCCCCAUGGCCUACCACUCCCCUCUUCACCCCCGUGCCGUCAGCGUCAGCAACAACAACCCGCCAGCUCCCCGCUGCGUCGCAAACAACCAUCUAGAGCCGCCAAGGACAUCGGUCUAGUCCGACAAAGCCUCGCCGCGGCCGCCGAAGCCCCGACUCGCACACCUCGUCGCAGUCAGGGACGUACGCCCGCUCCUGCGCCCGAAAGCAGCCAACCGGUCAAUGUUCCAGCUCAGAGUAUCACUCCCGUUCCAGUACCGGUCAUCCCGGCACAGGCUUUGUUGCAGAUCCAGCAGCGAAAUUCCCGGCAGGCUGUCCACAGCUUCGAAACUGGAAGAUCUCAACCUGGAGCCAACAGUGCUUCUCAAGCUUUAUCGUCUGCAGUCAAUCGCCCUCAAAACCCUGCGAUUCGCGCUUCUGCGACUCGUGCGCGUGCAUCUGCCGCUUCUGUCCAGGAACCGGUUGCUCCAGCUACAAGCGCAGUUCCCCAGACUGUCGAGGCACCUGUUCCUCCGCCCCAUGUUCCUGCUCCUAGUCCUGAUGUACCUGCUGGCUCUCCUGCUCCCAGCCCGACUCCUGCCAGCGCCAGCGCCAGCGUUAGCGGCAAUAUUGAGAAGAGAAAAGCAACGAAGUUGGCACGCAAGCUCAAAAGCCUGGCUAGGGAGUCAGCAUAUGUCCGUGAGCAUGCGGACCGCGAGUUGAAGAGGCUCGCGAAGAAGAGCAAGCGCCUAGAGAAGAAGGCCAAGGCUCUGGCGAAGCGGAACAAGGCAAGUGGUGAGAAGUGA